AUGGCAGCCUCUUCGCGCCGGAGCAGCGUGACAAAGGCGUCAGACACACUUCGCUAUUAUUAUGAGCCCGACAAGUCCAAGUCAAAGACGUCGGUGUCGGUAUCAAGCGUGCCUAAGAGCAAACACGAGAGUUCGACGGUCGAGAAACGGCCCAGACUGCAACGAAUCGCCUCGACAAGUCAGACUAAGCCCGUUGACGACAAAACAACUGACAAGGAAAAGGACAAGAAGCACCAUCGCCGUACCUCAUCCUUCCUAGGCUCCAUAUUCCGACCUUCGAUCCCUGCACCAGCCACCGUCUCGUCAGCCUCAUCGCGAAUCCGCACCGCCGAAUGCCUGACAUGCGGCUCCGACGACGUGCCCGUAACUCGAUCAGCCAAGCUACUCUGCGGCCACCGAAUGUGUAAUUCAUGUCUCCGUCGCAUCUUUACCAUGUCCAUUAAGGACCCUCAACACAUGCCGCCCAAAUGCUGCAGCUCCGACCACAUUCCCUUGAAGCACGUCGACCACCUCUUCGACGAUAAGUUCAAGAUCCUGUGGAACGCCAAGUAUCAAGAGUAUACGACAAAGAAUCGCCUCUACUGUCCUGCGAAGGGCUGUGGCCAAUGGAUCAAGCCUGCCGAUAUGCACAAGCUCCAUGGCCGCAAGUAUGGUCGCUGCCCUCGAUGCAAAACCAAGGUCUGCACUCUGUGCAACAACAAAUUGCACACCAGCGGCGACUGUCCCAAAGACCCAGAGACUAAGAGGCUUGUAGAUUUGGCUAAAGAGAAGGGAUGGCAGCGCUGCUACAACUGCAAGGCCAUGGUUGAACUUAAGGAAGGCUGCAACCACAUGACCUGUCGCUGCGGCGCUGACUUCUGCAUGCUCUGCGCCAGCCCCUGGAAGACUUGUGAAUGCCCCUGGUUCAACUACGCCGCUGUCCCCGACCAAGAUCGCUUGAAUCACAUGCGCGUUCCAGAAACAGUCGUUAAAUCGCCCCGUCACGACAGAAACGAUAGAAACGAAACCCAUGCCAGACACGACCGAUACGAACCACGUAGAAGCCAUUCUAGAAACACAACCACACCUAUAACCUACCAGCAAGAACUUGAUGCGCGAAGACGUCAAGAGCGCGCCGAUGAAGCCUUGGCUCGUCGUCUGUCCACCACAAACAUUUCUGACCGACCAAUUCCUGAUCGUCCUCGUCCCCGCCGUCGUGACACAGUCACAGAAGAAGUCUUUGGAAAUCGCGGCGACCAUUUCCUCAACGACAACUAUAUCUCGACCACAUCCCACAUCAAUGCCAGUGUCAUCGGUGAUGCUGCAUUCGCUCGCCGUGGUGAGCGCGAAAGUGGUCGCAGAUCAAGACGUCAAUCCACAUCCUUCUUCGACAACGAUCCCGGACUUGCGCUUAAUGCAUUUGGUACAGAGAGUAUGCUAGGAUUGGCUCCGCCUCCAGCACCUGUCCAACUUCCUGCGAGACGACCGAGCCUGAGGCAGCGACUGGGCAGCAUCAGCAGCCAGAACGGCCGUGAGAGAAUCGGUGGCUGGUUGAACAGACUUGGCUGA